UCCAGCUCCCCGGGGUCUGUAAGAAAACUCUUAUCUAUAGUUAGUAAGUGAAUAACCAUUAAACAACUGUGGCUCUAUUCUUAUUAGCUGCCCUUCCCCACUAUCAGUAUUUGUACAGAAAUGUGAAGCCUGAGGUACACUGAGGAUAACCAUAGUAGCAGCACCAGGAAACCAGCCAAACACAUAAAUAACUGUAUUGGUUAGGUAGGAAGUCAGACCGGAGCGGCUGGGGCGGGCCUGCCCCGGGUCCUGGCAGGGGUGGGACCAGCGUGGCGCUCAGACCCCUCUCUAUGGGCCGCCCAGCCGCCAGCAGGCAGGUGGGAGCCAGCCGCUCUCGGCGCCAGCGCAGAGGAAAACGUGGCCUCAAGGCCCAUGCGACCUUCCCAGGGCCCUGGGCUAAUUAUAAUAAAAUUUGCAUCUUGGUUGUGACCCCGUCCCCUGUGGGUUUUUCUGUAUACAUUAUGGGUAAGGGCCUGCCCAGAAGAAAAGUAGUUUCUGUCAAUCAUCCCUGAUGCAAAUAAAAGGCUCCACCCAGAAAAGCCCUCUUUUAAACCCAGAAGCUGGGGGCCAUGCUCUCUUGCCUGUGCUUCAGGGAGUAUCGGCCAAGUCUUCCCCUUCCCUUUCCGCACAGGCAAUUGCUCUGAGAACACGCCAACAGGUUUCUGCCUAAGCCAGAACCGACCAACCAGGGCUCCCAAGGACCAGCCCUUCACCCAGGUGACUCGGUCCUCCUCAAGAAUCUACAUCCAAAAGCCUUGGAGCCUAGGUGGACGGGACCUCACACUGUAAUCCUUACAACCCCCACUGCGGCCAAACUACUUGGCGAUCCUUCGUGGCACCACCUCUCCAGACUCAAGAGGACCCCGGAGCAGCAUGGCUUCUAUAAAUGUGAGGUGUUGGGCCCCACUAAGGUCCGCCUUAGUCAUCCUCCCCUUCCUCUUUCUCCUCCCGGCCCUGAGCAACCAACACCCACCCCCACCCGCUUAUGUGUGGAGGUUCAAGGUCCGUGAAACCUACUACCAGGGCAGCACACAAGUCACCCGGCAGGUAGGAUCUCAGGACUGCCCUCUGGUCGAAUGCCAGGCGGAGAUCCUGAUGGCUGUUGACCUCUGGUCAGUGUCCAAUGGUGGCCGACCCUAUGCCUGUUUUGCUUACGACCAGCAGAACCCAGACAGGUGUAAUCAAGAUGUCAACACCUAUGGGGGUUGCCGCUGGUCAGACUGUGUCACCCAUGAUGCCUAUAAUGAGGUCAGGUUUGGCCCCUUUUUCUGGAAGGAUGGGACCUUUAACAUCAGGGUCCGAGAUCCCUGGGACCAGCGAUGGGUUACAGGCGUUAUGGGAAAACUAUACGGGAGUGGUUGGAGCUUGACCCCGUCAGGGACCAUCUACAUCUUCCGGGAAUAUGUCUUGGUCCAGGAGGCCCAAGUCCAGGUCUCCAACAGCACUACAUCAACGAGUCCGGAGUAGUGGAGCAAAACGUGCAGACCCUGACUAAGCUGAGUGAGGAACUACGAACGACGUGCGAGGCACUCCCGGGACAGCUCCCGGAUCGCGGAGAUGUCACCGGUGACUGUAAAUCAGCUCCAGCUCCACCCCGACACUUGGAUGCCCUCCGACCUGCCUCUGCCUGACCCUGGCCUUUAGAACCCCCCUCCCUUUUUGCCCCUGGUCAGCAGGAAGUAGCCAAGACAAUUUCAGAGCCCCCUAUCACCAAAAGGCCAGGAUGUUAAGUCGGAGGGAAGUCCAGGAGCCGAUGCAUGCAACCACAAGGCAGAUGGUGACGCAGAUAUGGGUCCCUUCUUGGAACCCAUAACAGACCUGCCUGCGGCGAAAACUCCCACAGCUCAUGCUCCCCUGCCCUCACUAAACAGCUGUAUAAAAAAGUGCCUCCACUCCCUUUUGGCUCACCUCACGGGCCCCGCCUGCCCUUGGACCCCGUGAACCUCGCCUGGGCGUGCAGA